AAUCAUCAUAGGGCUUUCUAGGUACUUGAUAAUGAUAAAAUAAGGGCUUUCGAGAAAUUGGAAAUCAGACUUGCAACAAUAUCAAGAAAUUUUACCUUUGAUUCAUGUUUCAUUAGCCCUGCGUCAUCACCAUGGCAGUAUCAACCUCAACAACAGCUCCAGUCGACGCACCCAAGGUCGUUACCCUCACUGACGAGGAGCGUGAUAGUGGCGUCAUGGGCGACAAGAAGCUCUAUGAUGCUAUUGAAGCUUUUUUCACGGAUGGUCUUGUCGUCAUUGAGAACGCUAUUGAUGUAGCUAUCAUCGACAGGCUUAACAAGAGGAUGCUAGAAGACACCGAGAAAUUACUUAGCGGUCAAGGAGAAGUUCACUUCAAUCACUUGAAUCAGAAUGCUGCUACUAGGGGGUCUGCAGCCGGCGGAAACUUGUCACAGGUACCUCCACUUGAGAAGGAGUGGCUAUUCCCGGAGGUCUAUGCUAACAAGCAUGGUGCUCGUAUUGUAUCUAACAUUCUUGGUCCCCGGCCGGAGGUUCACUUCAUUCGCAGCAACACCCUCCUAACUACCGAUGAGAGGCAACAAAUUCACGCCGACCUCCGGUUUGAACAUCCGGAACACCCCUUCGCCAUCGCGCUUAAUACCUGUUUAAUUGACGUUGGGCCCGAAAACGGUACUACGGAGCUUUGGCUAGGUACCCAAAACACGAAUCUCGACGACCAUCGAGAGUUGGGAGAGCCCAUGAUCGCUGAAGAGAAGUUGGAGGCGAGGCGCAAAGUCAGGGGCCCGUGCUACCCAAGGAUAAAGAAAGGUUCUAUCGUUCUUCGAGAUCUAAGGCUAUGGCAUGCUGGUAUGCCGAACCCCACGCAAGAUGUCCGAAUCAUGCUUGCAAUUGUUUACUAUGCAGCUUGGUAUAAAAAUGGCGUCACGACUCCUAUGCCCGAGUCUCUAAGGCCGGCCAUUGAGGCCCUGGAAGAUUAUGGCAAGAUCAAGAUCGCGACGGAGUGGGUACCUGACAAGGGCUACAACUAUCUUAAUAUUAAAUUUAGCAACAACUUCAGCUCAACAUUGACUCCAUGGGUCUGGGAGAAGAUACAACACGUGAAGACGGUAAAGGGGUAUUAGAGAAUUGAUACCUAGGUACCUAAUUACGGGCGAUUGCUAGUUGAACCAGCACGUACGUCU